AUGGAUCCCGCGAACGGCAGCGCGGGCGCCGAGCUCGACGACGCGGCAGAGUGGCGCACCCGCGCGCCGGGCGGCACGGAGCACAGCUGGCUCCGCGCCGUGCCGGGCGGCACCGGCACCACGCUGCUCGCGCUCCGCCUCUCCCGCGGCGACGCGGCCGAGGCGGCGCUGCGCUCCCUGCGGAACGCACACCCCGUCCUCCGCGCCCGCCUCCGGACCUCUCCCUCCGGCCCGACGCUGGCGUUCCCCGACCCGGCAGCGCCUCCGGCCCCGCCGCUCCCGCUGGCGCCGCUCCCGGCGCCGGACUUCCACGCCCUCCUCGAGCACGAGCUCAACCGCAACCCGUGGGCCGACCCGGCGUCGGAGGCGUCCUCCGACGACGCCCCGGUCCUCUUCGCGACGCUCUACGAACUCCCGCCCGCCACGGGCGGCGCGGCGCUGUUCGUCCGGAUCCACACGGUCGCGUGCGACCCUUCGGCGGCGAAUGCGCUGGCCAGGGAACUCGUCGCGCUGCUGGCCGGUGGUGAGGAGGGCGGGGAGCGCGCCAACCCGGAGUAUGCGGCGGCGGAAGCUGGGCUGGAGGAGAGGAUCCCGCAGAGGGACACCUGGAAGCCGUUCUGGGCGCGCGGGUUGGAUAUGGUGGGCUACUCCAUCAACGGCCUGCGGACGUCCACGCUGCCGUUCGUGGAGACCGGCACGGAGAGGUCCACGCAGAUGCUGCGGCUCGGGCUCGGCCGCGACGAGACCACGAGGCUGCUCGACGCGUGCAAGGAGAAUGGGGUGAGGCUUUGCUCCGCCAUGGCCGCCGCGACGAUGCUCGCCGCGCGCCAGUCCAAGCAGCUGGAGAGCGGCCAGCAGGAGACAUACUCCAUCGUGACCCUUAUCAAUUGCCGCAAGUUUCUUGAGCCGGCCUUGGACGAUCGCAACGUCGGUGGGCACGAGUCUCCGAUAGCAAGAGCAUUUAAUGUUGCAAUGCUUAGUACCACCGUUAAUCCAAUCAGUGUCGCAGGGUUCUUCUACUCUGCCAUCACCAACACGCACACAAUCCACGGCGAGGAAGGGCUGUGGGAGCUGGCCAAGAGGUGCCACGACUCGUACACCAGCGCCAAGAACAACAAGAAACACCUCACCGACAUCAGCGACCUCAACUUCCUCAUGUGCCGGGCCAUCGAGGCUCCCCAGCUGACGACGGCCGGUGCGCUCCGGACGGCGCUUGUCUCCGUGUUCGAGGAGCCCGAGGUCGCCGACGUGGCCGAGGUGCAGAGCAAGGCCGGCGUGGAGGACUGCGUCUGCUGCGCCACCGUGCACGGCAUCGGCCCGUCGAUCGGCGUGUUCGACUCGAUCAAGGACGGCAAGCUGGACUGGACAUGCGUGUACCCUUCUCCUCUGCACUCCAGGAAGCAGGUCCAAGAGAUCUUUGACAAGGUGAAGCAGAUUUUGCACCAUGCGGCUGCGGCGGCGGCUGAAGAAAAAUUUGAAGACUGCACCUAA